UGGCCCAAGUGGUUGCAGCCCGGCGCUUUCGAGUGAAUCCAUGCCGAGUGUGGUGGGAGACCCUUGGAGUGAUGGAUACUUGUUGGCCGUCCUAGUGGCUCUCGUGCUCUUGGCCAUGCUGGCGGCCUACAUGUGCUUGCUGCGGGAAGAGAUGCAUAGUGAUUUUGAAGAGUUCCGUGCGUGGAGGCUCCGGUGGCAAGAGGAAGAGGGUGCAGCCUUUCCAUUGCCUCCAUUUCAGUUGGAGCUGAUCGGCACCUUGGUCGAGGCCGCCGAGCCGCCACAACCAGAGCUCAUGAGGUCUUCCAGUGGCCGCCGCAUCAGGUAUGCCUUGGAGGUGUUCGCCGAUGGCCAGCUGAACGGCAAGAGUUGGAGGCCGGCGGCGAGCGAUAUCAUCGAGUCCAGUGUGAAGGGGAAGUUGCGCAUGAACACCUGUGAGCACGGUGAACUUCGAUGGCACGAGCAAAACGCGGAACGCCUCGACAUAGAGGUGAAGGGCUGGCUCUUCAUCGAGGGCCAAAUGGUUCAUGUCCAGGCCACGUAUCAUCAGUGCGGCGCCAAGUCAGGAGAGAUCCACUUAAGAGGGCACAUGCAGCCAAGCCUGUGCUUGAGCGAGCCUGACUCGCCGGAGCGUAUCAGCUUAUAGCCAUGUGAGGAAGGAGUGAAGC